ACAGAAAUAAUAAAAGCUGAAAUUAUUUCUAAACAUUGCUGAAAGAAUAGAAAAAGCUGAAAUACAUUUAAAAAUUGCUGUGUUGUUCUAUGUUAACUUUUUGUAAAAUGGAUGUAUAAUCAGUUUAAUCAAUUCAAUCAGUUAUGACAAAUCCAUGUAAUCGUGCAGUCUGUGUUCAAUGUCCAAUCAAUACAUGUUUUGAUCCCUGAUUACUGAUUCAAUUUUCAAUCAAUAAAUGUUUGUCACAAUUCUCGACUUUUCUUUUAAAGUCUUCAAAAUCCCCGUGUAGCCUCGGAUAGUGCUAUUAUUUGAUUACUGUGUGGAUGUUAAAAAGCCUUUAAUUUUUGCCCACAAAUGAUAAUUUACUCCUCGCGUGUUUCAGCAUUAACUCUGAUCAUUUGUAGCCGGCAUCGUGUGACGUCUGCCUUUGUUAGAGCGCUCUGUUUAGGACAGUUCUAAUCAGUCUGUCGCUUCCACUCUGCCGCAACUCUCCCCAUAGCAACCAGAGCCCCGCACACACAAGCAGCCGCUACGUCACACAUAAACAAAUGACUCUGUAUCCAGUCAGCUGACGCUACCGGCAGCUAGCUUUCGUCGGCUAGCGCUACUAUCGCGCUAGCUUUGCGGUGGCUGACAAGUUAUGUCAGCAAGCGCAAACAAGUUGUACGAAGCUACUGCUGCUCUUGUAUUUAGCCAGCUAGCCUACGUGGAUAACCGUCACUCUGUCUGUCUGUCUGUCUGUCUGUCUGUCUGUCUGUCUGUCACUAUUAGCUACGGAAAUGGACGAGGGUCUCUGUUAGCUGUCCCUUUCCCGAGUACUGAAAGCAGCGCUUUACGCAGUGGCUGUUUAGCACAACAAUGUCAAAUAUAUACCUGUGUAUGAACAUCUAUCUAUCUAUCUAUCUAUAUCUAUCUAUAUAGAUAUAGAUAUAGAUAAAUGCACACGUGUUAUCUAUCUAUCGAUUAUUAUCUAUCUGAUGGAUACAACUCUGUGUAUCCGGAACAUAUAUAUGUACAUAACAUCCGACUAUUUUUAUAAUAAAUGAUAACACCAAAUAUGAAAUGAUAAUCGUGUCCAUAAAUAUUCAAAAUAAUAAUUACUGAACUAUAAAAGAGAGCAAAGAGAACAAAAACUUUGUUUCAUGAGCACAAAACUCGCAAACGAGUUUUCCUGGACGAAGGGCUCGCGGACAUGACGAGGCGGCGCGUGGACCUUCUAGAACAUUGUCGGAGCCGCAGCGGCGCGAAAAAUCCACUGCUGUCCAUCCUGAACCGAGAAAGAAUGGCGUUAAGAAAAGUUCUUUCGUCGAAGCCCCAAACCCCUUACUUUAAGCCCCCGGCAAUACACAUUUGUGUGGUUGCACUGAAGGACCAGCAUAGGGUCACGAGGUGGGACUUCCAGGACGGCAGAGCGGUGGCGGCCGUCACAAAAGCUAAUGCCGUCAUGGCCAUCAGCGACGGGCACUCCGUGGCCAAAGUGACCCUGUAUGAAGACCUGAAGGCCCAAGUUCAAGAGGGUGCUUCCUACGUGGUUCGUGGCUAUAACCUGAGGGGCAAUUCCCCUCCAUAUGCCUUUAAUGUCUCAAGGGAGACAGAAUUCUUUCGAAGCAGCGCCCUCGUCAUCGACGAGAAAUUACAAAACGAGGCCUUGAGGCUGAUCAAUCCUCGCUCGCCCCUGACCCCCCUCAGCACCUGCAGGGAAUCUGCUGGUCUGGUCACGGUGGAAGGGGAGGUGGUCGAGGUAAGUAACUUUCCGUUUAACGGGACUGCGAUAUAUAUAGCCAAUGUAGGUUGUUGCUGUAAAAUUAAGAGUGUAAGUCCGCCGGACUGCAGCUAUGAGAACAUUAACACCCAAAUCCACUGUGUUCAGGUGUCUGAGCUGAAGGAGGUGGUGGUGGCGAGGGACCGCGUGCCACUGCAAAACAUCACGUUGAAGCAGGGGGAAACAAAGGUGCCCGUGUCCCUCUGGAGGGAAACCGCCCUCCACUGCUGUGAGAUCGGGAACGUCCUGAGAGUGUCCCACCUGAGAGGGUCGGAGUCCAAUUAUGGAUUCCGGCUCCAAACAACGGUGGAGUCAGCAAUUGAGGCGGUCAGUUCCACGGCAGCGGAGGAGGUUGGAGUUUACGGGGCAACACCGGCACGCGGGGCUCCCGGAAGCCUAAAAGUGCUCCUGGAGGACGACAGGACGCUGUUCAUCGAGGAGAGCAAGUGGCUGCCAAUAGCUGCCAUAAUGGAAGCGCCACCCUUACCGGUCAAAAUAACCGUUAAAGGCAACACCAUUGUCGCCAUUGAAGCCAUGCGGAAGGAGGAGUAGCUGUUUGAGUUUCUUUUUGUUGUUGCUGUUUUUGCUGUUGUUUUAAUGUGUUCAUUAGGAAUCGGUUCUCCGUUGUUCAAAUUACCUUUCACAUUGUAUAGGAUGUUAUUAAUCAAUUUGCCAAAGUUCAUGUGUUCUGUUUUUGUUCUAUGUUAACCUUUUGUAAAAUGGAUGUAUAAUCAGUUUAAUCAAUUCAAUCAGUUUAAUCAAUUCAAUCAGUUUAUUCAAUUCAAUCAGUUAUGACAAAUCCAUGUAAUCGUGCAGUCUGUGUUCAAUGUCCAAUCAAUACAUGUUUUAAUCUCUGAUUACUGAUUCAAUUUUCAAUCAAUAAAUGUUUGUCACAAUUCUCGACUUUUCUUUUAAAGUCUUCAAAAUCCCCGUGUAGCCACGGAUAGUGCUAUUAUUUGAUUACUGUGUGGAUGUUAAAAAGCCUUUAAUUUUUGCCCACAAAUGAUAAUUUACUCCUCGCGUGUUUCAGCAUUAACUCUGAUCAUUUGUAGCCGGCAUCGUGUGACGUCUGCCUUUGUUAGAGCGCUCUGUUUAGGACAGUUCUAAUCAGUCUGUCGCUUCCACUCUGCCGCAACUCUCCCCAUAGCAACCAGAGCCCCGCACACACAAGCAGCCGCUACGUCACACAUAAACAAAUGACUCUGUAUCCAGUCAGCUGACGCUACCGGCAGCUAGCUUUCGUCGGCUAGCGCUACUAUCGCGCUAGCUUUGCGGUGGCUGACAAGUUAUGUCAGCAAGCGCAAACAAGUUGUACGAAGCUACUGCUGCUCUUGUAUUUAGCCAGCUAGCCUACGUGGAUAACCGUCACUCUGUCUGUCUGUCUGUCUGUCUGUCUCUCACUAUUAGCUACGGAAAUGGACGAGGGUCUCUGUUAGCUGUCCCCUUCCCGAGUACUGAAAGCAGCGCUUUACGCAGUGGCUGUUUAGCACAACAAUGUCAAAUAUAUACCUGUGUAUGAACAUCUAUCUAUCUAUAUAGAUAGAUAGAUAGAUAUAGAUAUAGAUAAAUGCACACGUGUUAUCUAUCU